GGUGCAGCCAUAAAAGCAGAGGCUGAGCCCUGCCUCCUGGGAUCGCGGAGGCUGCAAGGCACCGGAGGCAGUGCUUGAUUCCCACCUGCUCCCAAGCAGCACCUGGGCAGUGAGCCUGGAGGUCUUCACCCACAGAAGAAAGGUCAGCCAAGACCCCUGAGGAGAUGGACCGCGUGACCAGAUACCCCAUCUUUAGUCAUUCACACCCAGCUCACGUCACUGGGCUGGCACUGGAUGGGGACGCCAGUUACACAAUUGAGCUGGUGGGUGUGAGGCCGGAGGACAAUGGCUGGGGUCAAGACAAGCCUCAAGCUUUUCCCACAGACUGGGAGGCCCAGGUGGACAAGACAGAGACACGAGUGUUCCGUGGCAGGCAUGCUGCCCUCAGCCACACAGAGAAGGACAGGGACAAGGAGAUGCAGGUUUAUCUCCUAGAUGCCAGACACGGCCCACCCAGGCAGCCACAGGACCUAGAGCUCGAGCGCUGGGCAGUCAUCCAGGGGCAGGUGGUCAGGAAAGGCAGCACGGUGGCCACGCUUCGUGGCACCCCUGACCACAGGGACCCCAGGCCACCUGGCCACCCUCAGUCCAGUCCUUUGAAGGAGGAAGACGUGAUCGACAGGGAGCAGAUUGACUUCCUGGCUGCUAGGCAACGCUUUUUGAAGCUGGAGCAGGAUGGCAUGAACAGGACGUCAGUCCCCCAGAGUCCCCUGGCCAAAGUGUUCCCUGCACCUGCUCAGCUGGGUGUCAUCCAGGCCUCCAAGGCCUCAAAUGAGCCCCAGCUGGCCAACGGGUACACUGUCUCUGCCACAGCCCAGGACAAGGAGGUGGUCGUGGUGGAGAAGAGGGUCCGUGGUUUUGUUACUGGGCCCAGCAUCCAGGCUAUGGACAACUCUGGCUCCUGGUCCCAAGCCACCAACAACUCCUCCAGCUUCCGGUCCCAAGCUGCCAACGACUCUGCCAGCUUCCGAUCCCAAGGCACAGACAACCCCAGCUUCCAAUCCCAAACCAUGAAUGAUUCCCGCCUCUGGUCCCAAGCCACAGAUGACCCUGGGUCCUGGUCCCCAGAGCCCCUCAAGGAGACACCCAUUGAGCGGGAGAUCCGGCUGGCCCAGGAGCGCGAGGCAGACCUUCGGGAGCAGAGGGGACUUAGGCGGGCAGCGAGCCACCAGGAGCUGGUGGAGAUCCUCACCCGGCCAUUGCUGACCAAGGUGAACCUGGCCGAGGUCCCUCGGCGGGACCGGGGCCGCCCAUCCCUGUAUGUGCAGCGUGACAUGGUGCAGGAGACCCAGCGUGUGGAAGACCACAGGCGGAAGGGCCUGCAGGCCAGUGGGGCGUCCACACCUGACUGGGUCUCCGAGGACCCCCAGCCUGCAUUUGGGAGGAAAACGAACUCAGACCCCAUCCUUGACCCCAUGCCAGAUGCCGGGGCAGCCGACCCAGCUCCAGAGACAAGGAAGGUGAACCGAAUACCACCCGACGCCUACCAGCCGUACCUGGGCAGAGGGACCCCUCAGCCAGAGUUCUCACCCUGCUGGGGAUACCGCAAGCCUAGCGGUCCCCCUGCCUCUCCUAAGUCCACAAGGUCUCAGAGGCUUCUCUCAGAAUCCUCUGGAAAACCCCUGAGCACAAAGUUCCCUCUGGGAGACCUGCAAGCCAGCCAGACCAUGGUACCACGGGAGUACUUCCGCCUGCGACCCCUGCAGUUCAGGGUCCCAGAUGUGCAGCAUCAGGCUGAGACCCCCCAUGUCUGGGGCUGGGAGGUGGCCGGGGCCCCAGCAUUGAGGCUGAAGAGGUCCCAAUCGUCUGACCUGCUGGAGAGGGAGGUGGAGGAUGUCCUUCGAAGGGAGCGGGAGGUGGAAGAGCAGCGGAGGAGCGCUUUCUUCCCUGAAGUCUUCUCCCCAACGCCAGAGGACGAGGGCUGUAAGCAAGACUCUAGGAGCUCCUCUAGGGCAUCUGGCAUCACAGGCAGCUACUCAGUGUCUGAGUCAUCCAUCUUCACUCCCAUCCACCUGCACUCAGGCCUGGUGUGGACAGUGGAGGACCCAACAGACGGAGCUUCUGGGCACAGGAAGAAGGGACAGUGGUAUGCAGGCAUCAACCCCUCAGACGGCAUCAACUUGGAGAUCCUGGGAGCCACACGGGUCACUCAUCACAAGAAUGCCAUGGCCAGGCGCUGGGAGGCCGGCAUCUACACCAGCGAGGAUGAGGACUAAGCCUGGGUCCAGGACAGCCGCCUGGGCCCUGUACUGCCCUGCAGCAGCUGCCACGUUGUCAGGGAGCCCCCACCCACCAGGGCGCACGGUCCCCAUUUAAACUCACAAUCAGAGGACCUGGAGCUGCAUGCCCACGGUCCAUGGCGAGUACACGGUAGACUCCAGGGUUUUCUCUGCCACUUUUUAUUUUCCUGGGGGACAUUUUUCUGUUUGUAGGGUCUUUGGCUGGGACUGAAAAAGAGAUCCCUGCUGAUUCUUCUUGCCUCUUUUCGUUUGUUUUAUUUGGUUUUUGGAGAAGGUCUUGCUAUGUGGCCUAGUCCAGCCUCAAACUCACAGCAAUCCUCCUCCCUCAGCCUCCUGAGUGCUGGGAUGACAGGCGUGCACCGCCACCCCCAGCUUCUUUCUUCCUCUAAGACUUUGCCACAUGCUCUGGGGCUGGUAAGGGAGACCAGACCAUGGUGUGCCCUGCAUGUGGGGCACAGAACUCAGGUCCCUCACCUGGCAGGAAAAAGGCCGAGAUUUGGGGCUGCCAAGGCCUUUGCCUUCCACCCAUAAAGCCUGUCCUUGUCCGCCAGAAAUAAACCUUGUGAUCUCCCAGCUGGCCCGGCCUGGUGUGCAGAAGCACCAAGUUGCCUCAGUCUGCCUCAGUUCUCUUCAGGUUCUGCCCCAUUGGACCGCGACCCCUGUGACCGCGACCCCUGUGACAGCUGCCAGGUGCCAGGCAUGGAUCGCGCUCCCAAGUCCUGCAUACAGCAGGUGCCUUAUUGGUGCUCGUGCACAGGCCUAUGGAGUGUGUGAGGGGCUGCUUCAGGCCUCUGGAGGGCUUCUUAACCACCUGCUGCAUCCCCAGCACACACACGUGGUGACAGAGGAGGUUGGAGAGUCAUUAAUUGGGCUCUGACUGCGCACCAGGCUCACACCCGGAGAGCGUGGGUGCUGGGUUGAAUCCAGCUCUGUUCCCAGCUGCUCUGUAACCUUGGGGUCUUCUGAGUGUCUGGCCUCCAUUUCCCCUCUGCACAGGGAUUGAGGAUGGGACCCUGCUCCCAGCAGGCAGACGGGGCUAUUGGUGUGAAGGCACAGACAGGGUGUGGGUGACAGGGACUCAGCCCCGCACCAGCCUUGGCCGCCAGAACCCGGGCCUGCCAGGAUCAGUGAGAUCCUGGUCUGAGGGAGGGGGCCUCUGUCCCCAGGAGGCCCCGUAGGAGGAGAAAGCAGUGUGCUGCCCUCAGGAGAGCUUCUGAGCUAGGGUCACCUGCCCCCUUGUGCCUGGGCAAUCCCGUCCCAGCCCCAAAACCCAAGAAGAGCCCCCCCACCGACUUUCUCACAUUCUGACUCACAACCUGGUGAAUCUCCUCGAUUCUCCCUGUCUCCGCCCCUUCCUCGCCACCCCACAGGACACCCCGCUGUCCCCAGGUCCCGGAACAACUUCAGGGGCUCAAAGACAUCCACAGUUGUCCCUCACAGGGCUGCAGUCCAGGCCUGGGCCGCAGGGCUGCUCCUCCUAAGGAUCCAGGGAGAACUCAUGCCCUCAUCCCAGCUCCUAGAGGCGCCCACAGCCCUCAGCCUGUGGCCCAUCCUCCAUCUGCAGAGCCACCAGCAUGGUGUCUUCAGCCUCUCUUUGCCUCUCACCCUCCCGCGCCCUCUCAGGGGAUCUGGGGUACCCUGGGACCCCAGUGGUCAGGAUGACUCCCCCAGUGCCCUUCAGGUGUCCCCAUCUGCAGAGUUCCUUCCGCCUGGGAAGUGACACAGGUUGAUCAGGGCAGGGACAUUGGGAUGUCACAUAUUGAGCUAAACUGAGGACAAGACAGAGCAGUUGGUUUGGCUCUGAUGUCCACAUAGUGUCCUUAUAGCUUUGAACUCUCUUGCCCUUUUUUUAAAUUAAAAAAAUUUUAUUCAUGUAUGUUUGCAAUACCUAAUAAAUACAUGCAUUGUGGGGAGUUGCUACACAGA